GGAUUUUGCUCUUGUGAAAUCUAACCUAGAAUCCGCCUCACGCUCCAUCUACCUGAGAAAUACAUCUGGAUUGGCGAACAGACGGUUGGGGAGACCCACGUGUAGCUGACAAAUUCAUUUUUCAAUUGAAUGAGUUGAAUUAUUGUUAUUUACUUCCCUAUUUUUGCGCUUGAAUUCAAUAAGAAAAUAUGAAUGAACCAUCCAAGAUGUAUUUGUUCUGGUUCGCACAUGAACAUGUGGACUUUCGAGGGGCUGAAAUCGACUCAAUCCUGAGUUUAUUUAAAAUUUCUCCUGACGAUUUCAAGGCGAUCGAGAGGUCUGAUGAUAAACCUUAUUGGAUCGUCGAAUGUCCAAAAGAGUCGACAAUCCAGACAAUAGCGAGUCGAGCAGUUUCUCUACGUUACUGCAUAGAAUUAUACGCCAGGGAGAGGGACUUCACAUCAGUGCACACUGCAUUGAGAAAAAUUCCCAGGGUAAGGUGGGACAAACAUGCCAGGAAGGACAGAACAUUCAGGAUCGUCAUCGAGACCUUCUGCAAGCACAUCAGUCAGAAUGAGAAGAUUGAAAAAAUUGAGUCGUUUAAUUAUCUUCAAAUCAAGGGACAGGUCAGACUGAACAACCCUGACGUUAGUUUCUAUCAUAUGGAGUACUAUGGGAUGAAGCCUGAUGUCAAUACUGAAAAUCCAGAGGAAUUGUUCUUUGGGAGACUGAUUGCGACAGGCCAGAGAGAGUUAAUCCAAAAAUUAUCUCUGAAAACGCGAAAAUUUAUUGGAACGACAUCGAUGGACCCUCAAUUAUCCCUUCUCAUGGCCAAUCAGGCUCAAGUUAAAAAAGGUGACAUUGUGUUAGAUCCUUUUGUAGGGACUGGAUCUCUACUUGUGGCUGCUGCAUUAUUCGAUGGAUACAUCCUCGGGACUGACAUAGACUUCAUGAUGCUUCACGCCAGAACGAGACCCACCAGGAUAUCGCAGAAAAAGAGAAGCAGCGAUGAAAGUGUUGCUGCCAACAUGAAGCAAUAUGGGAAGGAAGCUCACUACCUAGACGUCGUUGUUUCCGAUUUUUCUCAGCCCCUAUGGAGAUCUGACAUGCGGGUCGAUGCAAUUAUUACAGAUCCGCCGUAUGGUGUUAGGGAGGCCACUGAACGCAUUGGAACAUCGAAACCAAAUCCUAUUAUUGACGAAACCCAGGCGGCAGCACACAUUCCAUCGAAAAUCGAUUACAAUCUACCUCAUAUGUACAAAGACAUCAUGAAAUUCGCUGCUAAACAUCUAGAAAUCAAUGGGAAAUUAGUCUGUUGGUUUCCAGUCUAUAGGAAAUAUUAUUGUGAGGAUCAGCUCCCCACUCAUCCCUGUCUAAAAAUGACAGCCAAUUCCGAGCAGAUCCUGAGUAAUCAUGCAUCGAGAAGGUUAUUGACGUUCACCAAGCUUCGCGAGCCCCAAGACAACGAUGUAGUUAGUACAAUUAAUAUCCUCGACUUCAGGGAGAUGUACUUCGCCCUUAGAGACGAGUCCAGAAAGGAAAAAAGAAUUAAAAAGGCAGCAGAGAGGGCUCAGAAUAAAGCAGAGUGGGAGAGGAGAUGUCGUGAGAGCACAGAAAGAUGACUCUACCAAUUUUUAUGAUAAUAACAAACAUUUAAUUGUGUAAUUUACUUCAAUUGCAUUCUGUAACUUGUCUCAGGAUGAGUUACAACGAUUUCUCGACUUCUACCGAAGUCACACAGUCAACAUUCUUGUUCCAUUUCAGAAUGAACCAAUUAUCUUAGAAAUAUAAUCAACGUAUUUCAAUAAAUAAUCGUAGACAUUUUUAUAAUGGA